AUGGACAAGAAGGAGGUGAGUGGUAUGCUGGCCAACCUCUCCUAUGGUGCGAAGAUGGGUGACCACCACAAGCAGGCUUUCUUGGCUGAGUGGCGGGCCUUGCCGCACAGUUGCAAGGAGAAGCAGGGGCUGCUGAGUAAAUUCAAGUUGGACAAGUCCUGCAAGUGGAUGGUGGUCCACCAGGAAACCAUCGAAGAGACCAACAGCAGCAGCUUGGACACGAAGGAUGGCUACUUGAACAAGCUCCAGCUGGCAGACUUGGUGAAGCUGCCAGUGGAGUCCAAGAAGUUUGAGGAUUUCAGCACCACCCUGAAGUCCGACCACGACUGGGACGAGGAGAAUCCCAUUGAGCGUGGCUUCAAGAAGGCUGGCCUCGCCCGGUACCACGUCGAGGGCUUCAAAGACCUCAAGGUGGAGAACCACACCUUGAAGAACAGUGAAAGCCUUGCAGCCACCAGGCAGACAACCUCCACAGCCGGGCUGGGUGACGCCUUGGCCUUGCAAGACAAGGGGCAGGUCCAGGUGAAGAUGGAGAACCCCUUGAAGCAGAGGCUGGAUCAGGCCCUCCAGGUUCUCUCCAGUGGAAAGCAGGCUAUAGAAAAAGUGCUUCCCGCCUUGGAGGACCUGGCUGCUUGCUUGCUUCAGAAGGGGAAAGACCCCAAGAAGGAAUGGCUCAAGGACAAGGGGGAGACCUUGCAGGCCAGCGUUCUGUCCAAGCUGAACCAGGAGGUCAAGAGUGUCCGAGAGACAUUGCUCGCCCACAAAGAUCUGCCUGCCGACCAGUGCACGGCCGAGCAGUGCAGAUCCAUUGAGGACAAAAGCGCCGAUUUGGACGUCCUUUUGGACGCGGCAAAGACUUGGAAGAAGAAGGCCCAGCUCUUGACUGCUGAGAACUAG